AUGGAGCGGGUGAGCGAGGCCGCCGCCUGCGGCCCCUCGGCGGGCUGCUACACCUACCAGGUGAGCCGGCACAGCGCCGACGUGCUGCACAGCCUCAACCAGCAGCGCAAGAACGGCGGCCGCUUCUGCGACGUGCUCCUACGCGUGGGCGACGAGAGCUUCCCGGCGCACCGCGCCGUGCUGGCCGCUUGCAGCGAGUACUUCGAGUCGGUGUUCAGCGCGCAGCUCGGCGACGGGGCAGGUGGCGGCGGCGGCGGCGCGGAGGGGAGCGCGGCGGAGGCGGCGGCCGGCGGGUCUGCGGCGGCGACCGGCGGCGCCCCCGGGGGCGGGCGGGAGCUGGAGAUGCACACCAUCAGCUCCAAGGUGUUCGGGGACAUCCUGGACUUCGCCUACACGUCGCGCAUCGUGGUGCGGCUGGAGAGCUUCCCGGAGCUCAUGACGGCCGCCAAGUUCCUGCUGAUGCGCUCCGUGAUCGACAUCUGCCAGGAGGUCAUCAAGCAGUCCAACGUGCAGCUCCUCGUGCCCCCCGCACGCCCUGACAUCAUGCUCUUCCGUCCGGGGGCUGCCGACCUCGGCUUCCCUCUUGACAUGACCAACGGUGCCACUUUGGCGCCCAAUGGCAAUGGCAUCGCUGGCAUGCCUGAAGACGAGGCCACGCGGGCUGCGCUCAGCGCUGCGCAGUCCUCCCUCCCUGUCCUGCAGGGCGUGGACCGCCUGCCCAUGGUGGCAGGACCUCUGUCCCCGCCGCUGCUGGCCUCGCCCUUCCAGAAUGUUGCUGCUAGUGCCCCCACUUUAAGCACCAAGAGGGGCAGAGGGCGUCCCCGUAAAGCCAAUCUCUUGGACUCCAUGAUGUUCGGUAGCCCAGGGGGCCUGCGGGAGGCUGGGAUCCUGCCUUGCGGUCUCUGUGGGAAGGUGUUCACGGAUGCCAAUCGUCUUCGGCAGCACGAGGCUCAACAUGGGGUGACGAGCUUGCAGCUGGGCUACAUAGACAUCCCACCCCCGCGGCUGGGUGAAAAUGGUGUUCCUGGUCAGGACGACCCCGACGCGCCUCGAAAAAGAAGCAGGACGAGGAAACAGGUGGCCUGUGAGAUCUGUGGCAAGAUUUUCCGGGACGUGUACCACCUGAACCGGCACAAGCUGUCACACUCUGGCGAAAAGCCUUACUCUUGUCCGGUGUGUGGCUUGAGGUUCAAGCGGAAAGACAGGAUGUCCUAUCAUGUUCGAUCGCAUGAUGGCUCUGUGGGAAAGCCCUACAUCUGCCAGAGCUGUGGAAAAGGCUUUUCCAGGCCAGACCACUUGAAUGGACACAUCAAACAGGUGCAUACCUCAGAGAGACCUCACAAGUGUCAGCAGGAAAAUGGCAGCCACCAUGGAAUAAGCUCAGAGACAUCCACAUCCAUAGAAAAGUUGAAACUUCAAGAGACCUGCAAUGCUUCCUUUGCCACGCGGGACCGGCUGCGCUCGCACCUGGCGUGCCACGAGGACAAAGUGCCGUGCCAGGUGUGUGGGAAGUACCUGAGAGCAGCAUACAUGGCAGAUCACUUGAAGAAGCAUAGUGAAGGACCAAGCAACUUCUGCACUAUCUGUAACCGAGGUUUCUCCUCUGCCUCCUACUUAAAGGUCCAUGUUAAAACCCACCACGGUGUUCCCCUUCCCCAGGUCUCCAGGCACCAGGAGUCCAUCCCGAAUGGGGGAGCAGCGUUCCACUGCGUCAGGACCUAUGGCAUCAAAGAAGGCCAGAAAUGUUCACAUUCGGACCCGAUUGAGAGUUCUGAUUCAUAUGGAGACCUCUCUGACACCAGUGACCUCAAGACUCCUGAGAAGCAGAGCACCAAUGGGUCCUUCUCGUGUGACCUGGCAGUCAGCAAAAACAAAAUGGAGAUGGAAGGAGAGAAGAAGUACCCGUGCCCCGAAUGCGGCAGCUUUUUCAGAUCCAAGUCUUAUCUGAACAAACACAUACAGAAAGUGCACGUCAGGGCCCUUGGUGGCCCUCUGGGGGACCUGGGUCCUGCUCUGGGAUCCCCCUUCUCACCCCAACAGAACAUGUCUCUUCUGGAGUCCUUUGGGUUUCAGAUCGUCCAGUCAGCAUUUGCAUCAUCCCUUGUGGAUCCAGAGGUCGACCAGCAACCAAUGGGGCCAGAGGGGAAAUGAGAUCAGUUGGAUCUUAAAGCAAAGCAGCAGUCUGGCUCUGAUGAUAAGAUGCUGUGAAUGAAAGAGGAAAUAAUGAAAUUUGGUUCUAUAGCUGAGAAUUUUUUAUUCAUUUUAGCUUCCUUCUUUGUCUCAUGCCCUACCCCACCUUUAAACCUUCACUGGGGAGAGGGAGAAAAUGCUUCUUUAGCUGAUGAAUUACAGAAGAUGGUGGCCUUGAAUAGGAGAUAUGACCCAAAACAAAUGGAGCUUUAGAGGCUGCUGGUGGUGUUUUCCUUGUGUUCUUUGAGAGUAAUCAAGAGUUACCAGCACUGGUCUGAGGUGAGACAGUCCCAGUGACCGAGGCACCCGGGGAGCUGCAGCUACAGGGAGCUGUGAUUUUGUUCUCCCUCUAUUCCCCUGCCCUCCCUAAACUCCCCCAGAAAAACAGUAAGUUUAAAAAACAGACCCAUUAUUGAAUAUAACAUUAAGUAAAAUGCCCCAUGGUUCCUAGCAGGUUACAAUGCAGUUGUCCUUUUAAAACCAGAAACAUUUAAAGAAGGUGAGAGAAUUUGAUCCCCUUCUGCCUUUGUGAGGCUGUGAGUGCUGCAGCAGGACUGAACUGCUGAGAAAAAUCACCUUUCAGAACAGGUUGUUUUUAUUACUUUUGACCAUUAAACUUGCUGUCAGGUUUUUAAUUCUUUAUUAUUAUUAUUAUUUUAGGACCUGUUGUAGUGAAUUGCUACUGAAAAGCCAGUCUAAGGCGGUACACAGAGCACUCGUAAAGCAGCAGUCACAUUAGGGUUAGUAUGAGAUUUUUUUUUUUUAGAUGUACUAUAAUUAAUAACUUGGCUAGUUGGUUGUUUUAAGUCUAUGAAAGAAAUAGUUUUUAUUAAAAUAAAAAAAAAGAAAAAAAAAAGGAAGGAAAAAUACCAUUACAGUCUGGUUGACUGGUGCUCAUUUUUCAUGUGGGGACCUAGGGGAUGAACACGAUCAGCUCUCGGGUUAACACUAUGUACCACUGACUUGUUUAGUGUGAAUAAACCCAGGGGUUCACACAGUGAUUUUGGUUUAAUUGGAUUGGACUCUAUUAAAGAAGUUAGUAUGUUACUUUGCAUCCCCUCGUUUUGUCUGGUUUUUGAGCAGUUUGGCCACCUGUCCCAAAGGUGUGCAAAUGAGAGCCAGUAAUGAAAUGUGAAUCCCACUCUGCACUGUGCUGUGUUCUCAGUGAGCUGGGCUUUUUGGCCAGUUGUGCUCUCCUGAUCUGUCUCUAGUCAGGUUUGCAAAAGCCACUGUUACUCCUUUCUUUUCCAAAUGAGGUGGGAAUUGCAAACAGCAUCUCUUUGAAAAAGAAUUGACUACAAAAUGCAAAGAAACUGCACUCCAGGCUGUUGGACAUUCCAUUUAAUCUGAAAAUAUCACUUGUGCAGAAAUAAUGUCCUUUCUUGACCCUCCCUUUCCUUCCAUGUAACUAGUCAUGGUUUUAUGUACCAAACCCAGGUAUAAAUGUUGUUUAACACAGGGUUAGAGUUAGGAAUACUCUGAGUUUUAAUUAUGGUUCUGCUGUUGAUGCUCAAAGUCACAUAGAACAGUUUCCUGAAUUUAUUCCUUAUUUUCAUAUCUGUGAAGAAUCUUCUCUACAUCACAAUUGUUGAGAGUUAUUGAGCAAAGGUUUAAGUAGUGAUUUGGUAAACUGCUUUGUGUAUUGAUUGUUUCUAAAAAGGCCAUUCUGAGAGCCCAUGUCCUGCCCCAAACGUGCAUCCCAUGAAACAAUGUCUGCCUCCAUCAUUAGUGCAGUGCUGGAGCAGGACAGACCCUCUUGGGCCAGGUUCUGGUUUGCUGCAGGAGAUCUGUGUGUGUAAACGUGCACAAAGUGUUCUUGUGCCACUGCCUGCAUUGCCCAGGUGCUUCUAACCCAAACCCUGCAGCUGAUGCUUCACUGACACUCCCAAUUUGGUUUUAUGUUAGAAUUAGAGAGGCCCUUGUAAGUACAUGAAUUUUGGAAUUACAUUCUAAAUUCUACAGAGUUAGAAGACCCAGAUUCCCUCUUGUAAGAAGUUACUUUUUGUACUUGCUCUCCUCUAUUAUAAAUCAAGGAUGAAUAAUCAAUGGCUUUCUCUUUAUAGCACCAGCACUUUCUAAAUUGAGAGCAUGUUGCAGUGGACUUGAUGUUUUGCUAUUAAUCUGUGUUGGGAGACUGAAGGACAUGUUCUUCUCCAGUCAUCUCCUCCCAGAAUCCUGCAAUAGGUAUGAGCCUCAUUUAAAAGGAAAAACCAGUGAAACAAACAAACCCCACCACUAAAGCUUCAUGGAAUUGCUCUUGUACUGGUAAGAUUAGUAGAGAGGUAAAACCAGAAAAUCUUAGACAAGUGACAAAACAUUGUAAAAUACCUUACAAAUCUAGUGCUGAGACAACCUUGUAAGCUCCUGAGCAAAUCAGGAGAGAGGCUUUCCAGUCAGCACAACAGUUUGUUGGGAUUAGCAAAUGCAGCUGCAGUCACUGAUUUACUAAUAGCUCAUAAUGAAUCCACAAGGGAAAUUUCUGUUGAACUGAGGCUGUGUGCUGAGAGACAGAAGUUUCUGUCCCCAGUGUUCCUACAGGCACUCAAAGGUGCAUUAAUCAUAAAAUUCAACUCCAAAAGCAAGUCCAGAGUACUGAACACUUUCAUCCUACAUUUAUUUCCCCUGACUUUAGUGUUACAAGUGGGUUGAAUUUUGGCUGUAUCUAUCAGAAUUUAAUUUUGAAUGCUACAGAAUUUGACCUGGUGAAACAAAAGCCUUUAUCUGAAAACCAAGCCUUCAAAAACACUGUGUAUUCUGCUUGUCAAAGAAAAUGCUUACUAAGUUGUCAUGAAUACAUUGAAUGAAAACUACUUACUUCUCAGUCUAGUGGACAGGGAAACAAUUAGGCAGGAGGUUAAUAAUCCUGAAAUGACAGUUCUAGAUCAUCCUGGUGUAAAUGGGAGAGAUUUGUACCAACACAGGAGGCUGCUGCAGGCCAGUGCCAGCAGGAAAUUGGGCAGAUCUUUAGCUGUGCUGUGUUUUCAGUGCUUUUUGCUUCUUUGGGGGCAUACUGUUCCACUCUGGACAGUCAUUUAAUCUAAUGCAAAUUCUCUCUAUUCUGUACUUUGGGAAAUGCCUGUUUCUUAUAGAACACGAGACAGAUCCAAACAGAGAACUCAGCCUCACAAGUCCAGAGUUCAAAGGGAAGUAUGUAACAUGCCUUGUUGCCAUUACAUUUGAUUUUUAAUUGGUGUGUAGAUGAUAGUUCUGAUUUGGGCCACCCUCUCUUCCUUGCUUUCCCUUUGCAGGGACUGCAAGCCAAUGUUUGAGUUGGUGAUGUCAGGAAUGAAAGUUCAGUUCAUGCAAAUUUAAAUCAUCAGACUUGUAGUAUUUGUUUGUAUUAUAGGAGUCCCAUAAUUCUCAUCUGAGGCUCAAGCCUUGUCUAUUAGGUAUGAUGAAAACAUCUUCAGCCAUUCAUAAUCUAAAUAUUAAAGACAGACAAGAAAGGAAUAGAUGCUUAUAAGAGAAUGAGUGAAAGAUAAAGGACUAAAAACCACUUGCAUGCAUGCUUAAGUGUUAAAUGGGAGGGCACAAACUUCUCAGGCUUUUGUUGCCUGAAUUUAAAAAUGUCAAUCCAGAACAAAUGCAAGGUAAAGCAAUUUGAUGUGAAUUCAUUCCCUACUCAGUUAAAUUAGGUGUCAUGACCUUGCAUUUGUCAUGUCUUAAAUGUGUGCAAACAGUGUGGCUCACCUGACACAUGGCCAUGUGCGUGGGAGCUCUCAAUCCUAAGUGAUUUGCCCAUGAUGAUAUGGGAAAUUGAUAGCAGAACCAGAAAUUGAACACAGAUUUUUCCUUCUCUCAAUCCAGUGCCUUAAUUAUAGUAGGGCAAAGUAUUAUAUGUUGGGGGGAUGGUUUUUUUUUGUUUUUAAAGCCUAGAAUUAUUAAGAUGGUGUGGAGUUGGUCUUCCUACCAAUCUUUUGAAUAAUUGUAAAUGCCCAGUCACAAUUUUAGACCUGUUUGAGUGCCAGUGACUUAGGGAAUAUUUGUUAUUUCCCAUGUAUUCCCUGAAAUUAUUGUUCCUCCCUCAACUGCUGUCAGCAGUAAGGAAUGACUUGAAUAGAAGAGCUGUGUAACUGAAUGUCUAUAACUCAACUAAUUGAAUUGCUAGUAUGAAAGCUAACCUAGAUUUUGUAGGCUCUGUUGUAACUUUAGUGUCUUGUUUUUUCACUAAAUCUUUGUUCCUAGAAUUCAGUAUCUAACCUUACGUCUUGAGUCGGGAGUGGGGUACCACUUUCAGCUUUAAUUUUUUUUAAGGUGCUUGCUUGAGGAAGUAGAUGCCAAAGUAAAUUUCAAAGGAACUCCAGACUUCAGUGUUGGAAGAAUGAAUGGAGAGCAAGAGCUCUCCUUGGGUUUCAUGAGAGAUAAAUGGACAAAGUAAAAAACAGCCACCAAAAUUCUAAGUAGUGAAACAGGAAAGGUUUUUCUUUACCACCCACAAAAAUAAUAAAAUAUUUUCAAUUGUCACCAUGGCAUAAAGUCUGAGAGCAAGUGCCAAACAAUACAAUGUGCUGGCUUGUUCAGCAUUAUGAUUAUACCUUAACAGCAUUGUCAAUACCCAAAUGUAAAUUAAGCCAGCUUAGUACUGCUCCCCUUUUUCUUGGGCACAAUACCUGAAUUUUAUUUGAACAGAGCAGAAGCUCACAGUGAAUUUCUGAGCUUAGGCUCUCAAUUCUACCCUGAGAGACAAAACAAAUGAGCAAAGAGGGGGGAAAAAAUAAACCCACAAGGAAAACUUGAAAACAAAUUCUGGAAUGCUCCAGUGUCUCUUGAAAGAGCCGCGUUUUUUAAUCCUGAACAUCCUUUUCAAAACAAGAUCCUUCAGCUGUUGUGAAUGAGCCCUUGGGAACUGAUUUGGCUUCCAGCCCAAUGUGCUGCAGCUCCCUGGCCCUGUGAGAAGGCAGCAUGUUCCAGAGGAUCCAGAGGGAGGGGCAGGCUGGGCUGCAGCCACAGGUGCCAGCACUGCAAAGUGUUCUGUGCCUGCUGCUCCCAUCCUCAUCCUCAUCCUCCCCCUCCUCACAUCCUGUGCAUCCUGCUUGAGUGUGUGCAGCUCUGCAAGGGCUGCUGGCUGUAAAACAAACAGGAGUUAUUUGGCUAAGAACUGGAAAGAGAAAGCAGCACUGUAAAGGGUGCUGUGCCAUAACUGCAGAGAUGCAGCCCAGGAGCAGGAGCCCUGGCUGUGAGGGGUUGUGGUGAUGGUUGUUGGUUAUGGCUCAUAGUGAAAAACCACAGCUGUGCCCUCUGUGGUGGCAGGCACCGAUGGCCUGUUUGCCAAGAAUUAACUCUCUGUGUCAUCUCUGGCCUCUUCCUGUCUGUGUUCCUGUCUGUGAGAUGAGAUGAUGAUAACCUUUGGGUGAGAACGUGCCAAUAUUUAAUUGAUGUGCCAUAUUGUGCUGCACUAUUGUAUUGCUGAACUCUGUCACAAAUGUUUGGCCUCACUGACUUCAGAUGUAAUGCAAAGUUAAACAACCAUUUGGCCACAUUUUUCCUGAAAGGUGUGAUACUUAAAUGUAUUUAAAGACUGCCUGGCACUAUUGAUCUGCUCUCAGGGUUUAUGUGAAGGAAGCUUUUCCUGGGUGGCCUCCAUACUGGUACUGCAAUUUUGGAGACCUGGAAGUGCUCUGAGCCAGGAUAUGCUGAAGGAGGGAGGUAACUGCAGUCUCAGUGAUGCUCCAGUGACUCCCUCCCAGCUCCUGUGUUCAUGUGGACCAUGGAGUCACUUCCUGCAGCCAUAAAUGCUCUUGAGCAUCCUGCAGUCACAUAGUGACCUUGGGUAAGUGAUUUUAUAAUAAAUCAAUCUCAUGCUUGCUAAUACCUUCUUGGCUGCUGUGUCUACAAACUGGUGCCUUCUCCAGGCAAAUUUUACAUGCCCUCUGCAAAGUUGUCAGACUGACUGCUGGCUCUUGAGGAAUCAACCAAGCCUUGCUCUUGGGCUCAGAAUUUUUCUUCGGUACUGUUGUAAUCUGAAAGUUUGCUGCAAUUAGUGCAAAUACCAGAGUAAGAGAGAAAAUAAAAGGCUGUUCUUAGAUGUCUUGUAGAGUGAACAACUGAAACAUGAGUGUGGGAUGAGCCAGGAAAAUUGGUAUUUUUCCCUGGCUGCACGCCAUAUGGAAGAGACAGUGCCUUGGAAGGGAAGGAGCAGAGAAGUUUGCCAUUGGCUCUGAUGAAUCCCAAUCCUGCUUCUACUGAAGGUGCUGGGAAUCCUCCCAUUGUCUUCAGUGGAGCAAGAAAGGAUCUUAGGUGAGGAUGGAUGACUCUUUCCCUACUUGAAUGAAGUCUCUUGCCUAUUUAUGGGCCUGCUUCUAUUGAAACCGAGCCUGUUUUAGCCUUUUUGGGUUCUUAGGGACCUGUUUGUAUAAAGCAACUUACCUACCUAUCUUUUUUUUUCUAUUGUGUGUAUUUUUUGUAUGUU